ACGACAGGCUUCGGACCUGAAGCACUUCCACGACAUUAGGCGAUGCUCUGUGCCCUGGCCAGAGAAACGUAAGAAGCUACACAUCAGGCCAAGUAUAUAUCAAAUCCUCCGUCCCUUUGCAUACCUGCGCCUUUUCCUGCGCUUUCUCGACUACUGCAGCAGCAUAACCAACAGCUCGUAGCACCUCAGCAACAAUGGGCAAGCCAGUACAUCCAGCGGUCGUCCACUUCCCCAUCGCCUUCCUCUUCACGGCCUACGCCCUCGACAUCCUCCACACGUACCGCACUUCCCUCCCAGCAUUCGCCCAAAAUGCCCUCCUCGGCCCCAACGACAUCACGCGCAGCUCCUACUAUCUGCUCUCCCUGGGCCUGUUGACGGCCAUUCCAGCAGUCGUCACAGGCGGCCGCGAGCUUGUCAUGAUGAUCAGCAAGCAAGGCAUGCACGAAGCAGACGGCAAGACAGUCCGAACCAAGGUCAAGGCCACAAUUGCCCACGCCGUCGCCAACGACAUCGUGAUUGCUGUCUCCACCUACAUCUGGUACAGCCGCCGCGCGCAAGUCAACGACACAAUCGCCGGCAAGAUUCCAGGCACCGCCGCUGCAGCAUACGCCCCAUCCAGCGCUUUCGUGUUCGCUGAGUUUCUCACGCUCGGCCUCCUGCUGAUGGGAGCCAAUAUCGGUGGCACCCUGACAUAUAACUACGGCGUUGGCUUCUCGAGCUUGAGCGCGGGCAAGAAGGAGGGUAAGAAGUCCCAAUAAGCAACAUGCAUACACCCAUCAGCCCCGCAUCUCAGCGCUGACCACAUGGGACGCCUUCCAGUGAACUUGAGGUCUGGAACUUAUGCGGACGAUGACAAGAAGCGCAUUGAGAAGGCGCAUGCGGUGCAUAAGAGUAAGAUUGCGAAUGGCGUGCAGGGAGAAAAGGGAGCUGCUUUGACGGGACAGGCGCUCGCCGGACAAGGGUCACCUUUGACUGGGUGAGCAGGCCAGGUCAGCUGGUGUCAUCAGCUAUAGGGCCACCUGCAAUGUCUGGCUGACGAAGACUGUUGUUCUGCGGUGUGGUGUUAACACGAUAGAUUAGAGGAAGAGAGACCUGAAGACAUGAUCACGAUGAACGAGCAGAUAUGCGUCCGAGGAACAAGUCAAUGCUCACUUUAUUGCCCUUGCUCUCUGCGUUAUUACACUGUACAUUUCAUCUCUCACGAAAGCCGGCAUCCAACUCUACUCGUUCUGGCACGCCCGCUACUUCAGCUGGUACCUCACGGCCGUCGACCUCGUGAAAAUCACCCAGCGCUGGCUUCUCUUCACUUGGUCUUUUCGCUGCAGGCAGCUCAUUCGCAGCAUGACUGGACGCAAACUCUCGCGUCUUCUUCGAC